AUGUCAACAGAUCCCAAACUCAAAGACCUACACAAGCAACUCUUCGAAGAAGGCCUCAAAGUCCGACGUGAAGUCGUCGGAGACACGUACGUUGAUCGAGCCCUCGCAAACGGAUCGACCGAGUUCUCCCGUCCAGGCCAGGAACUCGUUACUGAGUGGUGCUGGGGGUACGCAUGGACUCGACCUGGACUUGAACGACGCGACCGCAGUCUUCUCAACAUCGGCAUGUUGAUGGCUCUCAACCGUGCACCAGAGCUGGCCGUUCAUAUUCGAGGAGCUCGCAAUAACGGCCUGAGCGAGGUUGAGAUCCGCGAGGCUAUCUUGCAUGCGACUACAUACUGCGGAGUUCCGGCUGGUGUGGAUGCGAUGAAGGUUGCGGAGAAGACUUUGAAUGAGAUGGCUGAGAACGGGGAGAAAGAACGGGAAUUGGCAGCUAAGGCUCAGGUGUGA